GGCGUGACAACGGGGCCCCGAAGCUAGGAAGCGCAGCAACCGCCCAGCGCGAGUGCUGGAAGCCGAGGCUCGCGGUGCACUACAAGUGAAGAACAAAGCAUAGCAGAAACAGACACCUUCCUGGCCAGGGAAAUGGUCGAUCCAGCGGAAGAGUACAAAAUGGACCACAAGAAGAGAGGGGUUGCGCUUAUCUUCAACCAGGAGCACUUCUUCUGGCACCUGAUGCUGCCGGAAAGGCGGGGCACCAACGUUGACAGGGACAACCUGGCUCGCAGGUUUUCAGAGCUGGGAUUUGAAGUGAAAUGCUUUAAUAAUCUGAAAGUGGAAGAGCUGCUGCAACAAAUUCACGACGCGUCCACGGCAAGCCAUGUGGACGCCGACUGCUUUGUGUGUGCCUUCCUGACCCAUGGCGAAGAUGACCAUAUCUACGCGUUUGACGCCAAGAUCCAAAUCCAGACCUUGACUGCCCUGUUCAGAGGGGACAAGUGCCGGAGCCUGGUGGGGAAGCCCAAGAUAUUCAUCAUCCAGGCAUGUCGGGGACAGCAGCACGACCCUCCCGUAGUCCCUCUGGAUGUGGUGGACCAUCAUCCCGCAGUGGCCCCAGAGAACGUCACUGAGGUGGACGCAGCCACGGUGCACACCCUCCCUGCGGGCGCAGACUUCCUCAUGUGCUACUCGGUGGCUGAAGGAUACUAUUCUCACCGAGAAACGGUGUAUGGCUCGUGGUACAUCCAAGAUUUGUGCGAAAUGCUGGGGAAAUACGGGUCCACUCUGGAGUUACUGGAACUUCCUCUUUUGAUAUUUGUGCACUAA